AUGGGAAUAAGCAUGCCCAUUUGCCAAGCCAUGAAGGCGGCAGGAUACGGUUUCCCAACUCCCAUCCAAAGAAAAGUUAUUCCUAACGUACUCGCAGGGGAUGACGUUGUUGCUAUGGCUCGAACGGGGUCUGGCAAGACUGCCGCUUUCUUAGUUCCAUUGAUUCAUAGGCUCGACGCUUCUCCUCUUCCGAUGUCCACAGCUUCGCGGAGGAAUGGACCACGCGCACUUGUCGUUGCGCCAACACGGGAGCUUGUACUCCAAACUCUAAAGUUUUGUAGGCUGUACUCGAAGUGUAUGCAGCCUCCGCUUCGAACUGCUGUGGUUGUGGGAGGAACGCCAUUAGAGGCACAGUUUGAAGCGUUAGCCGUCUGUCCGGACAUUAUUUUUGCAACACCUGGACGUUUGCUUCAACUCCUGGCAGAGAUGGGGGCAAGAGGCGGGCUCACGCUGUCUACCGCAGAAUCUGUUGUGUUUGACGAAGCAGAUCGUCUGUUUGAAGGAACUCUAGCAGUGGAGACAGCUGCUUUAAUUGCGAAUUUACGGAAUAGGCAGACUGAAACUAUUGAAGAUCGACAAACAAUCUUGAUAUCUGCCACCAUGCCACAUGCUCUCGCUGAAUUCUCGCGAACUGGACUUCGCAAAAGUUUAUCUGUGGUGCGUCUUGACGCGGACAAGGGAAUAUCUCCAACCUUGGCAGUCGCAUUCCUUAGCACUCGAGGUGAUGUUUCGAAAGACGCUGCGCUACAAGUAUUGGUCCGACGAAUUUUGGAUGAGGGAAGGACUUUGGUAGUCUUUGCGGCGACGCACCGCCGAGUGGAGUACUUAACAGAGCUUCUCCGUGUCUGUAUCACGCCUUCUGUUGGGUGUAUUCAUGGAAAUAUGGAUCAAAUGGCUCGUCUUGAUGCGGUUGGAAAGUUCCGCAAGAAGUUCAGUAAGGUUUUAGUUGUAACGGAUGUAGCUGCCCGUGGAAUUGAUCUUCCUGAGCUUGGUGCAGUGAUCAACUACGACAUUCCCGCAACUCCCAAACUAUUUAUUCAUCGUGUUGGUCGCGUAGGUAGGGCCGGGAGAUUUGGCCUAGCUUUCAACCUUGUGGCAAGCGACGAAGUUUCAUAUAUGUUAGAUACCUUCCUCUUCGUCGGCAGAGGCGUUACAUUUGCAGAAAGAAGGGGCGCUGACAAUCGCGAAGCAUCGAAUCCCUUCUCAUGCCACACAUUUGCGACGGAGACAUCCUUUAUAGUUGGAGCGUUGCCGAAGUGUGCAAUAGACGAAGAAGUGGAGAUAACGAGACAUGCGAUUCAGGGUGUAGAAUUGAGUAAGGCUUACAAAUCUGCGAGAAAUGCGCAAGGACUUUACACAAAGACAAGAGGAGUUGCGAGUGGAGAAAGCGUUCGGCGCGGGAAGGAAAUAUUUACUCAUCCAAACGGUGGUCGACGGAAUGUACACGUGCAUCCAUGGUUCACUGACCUUGAAACUGAUAUAGAGCGCGAGGCAUCAGAACAAGCCGCUCGCCUUUCGUUGUAUCGACCCAGAGAAACAAUGGUAACCGCACCAGACGCUCUUUUGAAGAGGAUAUAUCCGCGGAUGGAAAGCGACGCAACCGAAGGAGAUAGUUCACCUCAGGGGGCAGGGAAGACUGAGAGUGCCGAAGUCUUAUCGACGGGUAUCCUGGAGUCGCUUCAGUUGAUCCAGAGCAAAGAGGAGUCUGCUCGUUCAAUGAAGAUAUCUGCGCGUCAAGCAGCACUGGAGGAAGAGCGAAAUAGAUUUUUCCUGUCUGCGAGGCAGGAUGUUUCUCAAAAACAGUCCGAAAAAGCCUUAAAGGUUCGAAGCGGUGGAGUUAUGGGGGAUGGCUUGAAUGCAUUCCGCGAAUUGCGAGACGCAGCCAUGGAUAUGAAUGCUGACGCAAAUAGCGACCUCUUACGCUCAAAACACACGGGUUCAUCUACGGCGAAGUACUGGGAUCGCGUGUCAAAGAAGUAUGUGAGAGGUGGGCCAACGUCUACAACUUCUAAGCGCAACUUGCAUGUGGCGACAAGGGAGGCGAGGGCAAAUGCAAAAGGUGGAGACUCUUACGGCACCGCUGACGGAGCGCUGUUUAGCAAAUGGUUAUAUAAAAACCGAAAGGCUGUAGAGCAACUCGCUGAAAAGGUUGCCGACGGGGUCGGGGAGAAUGUCGCCCAUCUCAGUCUUGACAGCGGUUUAGGAAAUAAUGACUUUCGGAAGGGUGCGUUUGGGAGAAGAGCCCGAGUCGCGGCCGCCGCUAAGACUAAGCGACUUGAGACGAGCGACAAUGCUCAGGGUUUAUGUCGCCGCAAUGAACUGAAGUCAACUGAUGAAAUAAGGAAAUCACGGAAGCUAAAGGCAAAGGCCGAAGCUCGCCGGUUGGCCCGCUCCAGCAAGAAACCCAAGGGUUACAAAGGGGCAAGUGGACACUCCGCGAGCUCACAUCGAGGACCCUCAAGGUCGAAGUUAAUCAUCCGAAGGCAGUGACACCCAGGCAAGUGAGUAGUAAUAUGUAAAUGUUAUAUUGAGGUUCCUUGAA